GUUCUUAGUUCGUGAACAUCGGGAAUUUCCAGAAAAGCUAGCGCCACCCUUCGUCCGGGAUCAGAGCUCGUCGAUCUGUCGAAAGAACUUUGCAGAAAAGGGCUUCGACUCGGGCAGAUUUCGUUCCAUCUCUCUGGUGACUUCAGCAAGGUUGGCUCUCCACAAUGUCAGAAUUGCGACAACUUGUCCGUCUCUCAUCAAUUCUCGUCCUCGCCAUGCUAUUGUCGCGGCAAUCUAAUGCAGAUGUUGGCACCGCCGGUCACUACGAUCCUCCGUACACACCGACCGCUUGCUUCGGGUAUGACCCGUUGCAGUUCCCCUCGAGCUUCCUAUUUGCAGCUGCCGGGGAAGGGAUUUGGGACAACGGUGCUGCUUGCGGGAGGCAAUAUUGGGUCAGGUGCAUAAGUGCCGACCGGCCAAAGACCUGCAACCCGGCCCAGUUAGUCCAGGUCAGGAUUGUGGACCGGGCGCUCAGCGCAGUCUCCCGGUCCUCGUCGGACCGCGCCACCAUUGUCCUGUCAAAGACUGCAUUCGAGGCCAUUGCAAAUCCAUCUGCGUCAUCCGUCAACGUCGAAUUUGUACAGGUUUGAAGUGAUCAAGAUGAUACUAUGGAAGCAAAGCAAGGUAGGGCUUUCGAGACCAGAUUGAUACCUUCUGGUUGAAGAUUUACUACUAUGGAUAGUUUAUACGCACGCAAACAGACAUAAUGUAUACACUUUUUUUUUUGGUCGGUAACAUAAUGUAUACUUCGAUAGCAAGAUAAGAUACAUUGUAAUUAAUUAUGAUACAAGCUGAAAUUAUAUAUAUUUGUUCCCUUA